GAAGCACCCAAACCCGGAGACCCUACCGAACUUCACGAACAACGCUUUCGGUCGAGAAACAAUCCCAAGCGUCCCUCCUUGCGGCCCAUCACACACGUUACGCUACGCUACCGGUUACCCGUGCCUCUCCGUCGCAGCCGCCGUGAUGGUGGCCGAGGCUGUUCCAACCUUCUUGGGUGUGCCCAUGAGGCUGGUUUCGCUAGCUACGCUCACGGUCCAAAACUCCGCCUUAAUUCUUAUAAUGCACUAUUCACGCAUCAUGCCGAUGACGGGCUCGAACCGCUACCUCGCCUCCACCGCGGUGCUGCUGAACGAGGUCCUGAAGCUGGCGCUUUGUCUGGCGGUAGCCUUCCGGGACCGACGGAAGAUUGACGGAUCCAUGUCGUCGUUGUCGACCACGGUGCAGAACCUGAGCUCGGAGAUCUUUCGGCGCGACAGUUGGAAGUUGGCGAUACCCGCGUGUCUAUACACCAUUCAGAACAGCUUGCAAUAUGUCGCUGUGUCGAAUCUCGACGCGGCUGCGUUUCAGGUUACAUACCAACUUAAAAUACUCACGACUGCUAUCUUCAGUGUUACGCUACUCCACCGGAGACUAGAUGCUACUAAGUGGCUGUCCUUGAUCACUUUGACGGCAGGUGUAGCUAUAGUUCAACUUCCUUCGCCUUCGUCGGCUCCGGAUACAGACCAUGCGCACCAUCACCACAACCACCGCUCCGCAACGUACCAGGGCAUCGUCGAAGAGCACGCCAUGUCGACAAUGGACCCUGCGAAAGGCCUCACCGCCGUUGUAAUAGCAUGCAUGAUCUCCGGGCUAGCCGGCGUCUACUUCGAGAAAGUUCUGAAGGGCUCCAGCACAUCGCUCUGGAUCCGCAAUGUCCAGCUCUCGGUGUGGUCACUGCUCCCGGCAACCAUCGGCGUCGUUUUCAUGGACGGAGCACAGAUCAUGGAGCGGGGCUUCUUCGAGGGCUACAAUGAUGUGGUAUGGACGGCCAUCGUCUUCCAGGCCUUCGGCGGAAUCAUCGUCGCGCUCUGCGUCAACUUCGCAGACAACAUCGCGAAGAACUUUGCCACCAGCAUCAGCAUCCUGAUCAGCUGCAUAGCGAGCGUCUACUUCUUCGACUUCGUGGUCACGAUCAAUUUCAUCGUAGGAGCCGUCGUGGUCCUUUUCGCGACCUGGCUCUACUCGAAACCCGACUCGGCACCGCAAUACGCUCCCGUGCAGAAUAGCGAGCCUGAGACGGCGGCGGUGGAGGAGAUCGAGUUCGAUGUUGACAUGGAGAAGGGAAGAAGAGGCUCGGGGGCUGGUCCGAAGCGGUGAUGAUGAUACCUCCUGCAAGCUGCAAGCAUAUAGAUGGGGUUCGAUAUCCACCUCCCUUUUCCACACCCAGUAAUGUCGGUUGAAUUUGAAGUUUCGUGCAUGGGCGAUUAUUGUAUGGGUACUCGGGGAAGGAAGGGGAUAUGGUGUAGAAUAUAAAGCGAGCGCAUUUGGGUGUAAUUUAGGAUAAUGGAUGGAUCGAUGGGAUAUCA